CAUUCAAAUAAAAGAGUUUAUUAAAAGCUUAUAUUUUAACUUUACUGCAUACAAGAGGGUUGUUUUAUUUUUUUUUACUUUUUACUAGUUUUACGUCUGAACUCUUAUAUAAAGUGCUUUAUUUUGGUAGUUAUUCGGUCUGUUGGUGAAAUUUCGAAGCUUGAAAUAGCUCGGUGUCCGAGUUGCUAAGCUAAGAGGGAAGCUAAACUAAACUAAGGGAAGCUAAGCUAAGCUAAGUUAGCUUGCUAGCUGAGAGGCUAAGGGCGGAGUGAGUGAGGGAGUCAUGGCGAAGUGGGGACACGGAGAUCCGCGCUGGAUUGUGGAGGAAAGAGCGGACGCUACGAAUGUUAACAACUGGCACUGGACAGAGCGUGAUGUGACAGCCUGGUCACAGGACAUUCUGAACGAGCUUCUUCUCAGAGUCCGUGUGGAAAAUCAAGACGGCUUCUGCCAAAUCACAGACGUCAGCUUGAUCGAGGGCGAGGCGUCCAUUAACAACCGCAAAGGCAAACUCAUCUUCUUCUACGAGUGGACCAUUAAAGCUUCAUGGACCGGAACCUCAAAAAAUGGGAUUAAGUAUAAGGGGAACGUUGAGGUGAUGAACCUCUCAGAUGAAAAUGACAUGGAUGACCUGGAUAUCUGCAUUACAGCGUGUAAAGACCAGCCCACUACACCUCUGACUGCCCUUAUGAAGAAGGAGGGAGAGAAGGAGGUUAAACUGGCUCUACAGGGCUACGUUACCCACAUGAGAAAAGAGUUCUCUCAGGGUAUGAUCCUGCCUUCAGCUACACAGCAGCAAGCGCAGACAAACGUCAAACUGGAGAAAAAGAAACCGAGCGGCUCCUCCACCACCCCUAAAUCUCCCGGCUCUGGAGUGAAAAUCCCCACGGCCUCGUUUAGGCUGAACGAGACGUUCCUCACCUCACCUGAGGAGCUUUACAGAGUCUUCCUCAACCAACAGAUGGUUGAAGCCUUCACACAUCUCGCCGCCUGUGUGGACGGGGUGAGAGGAGGACAGUUCCGGCUGCUGGAGGGAAACGUGCAUGGAGAGUUCGCUGAACUGGUCCCAGACCAGAAGAUUGUCAUGAGGUGGAGGUUUUCAUCCUGGCCUGCAGGACACUUCUCAACGGUCACUCUGGACUUUACAGACCGAGGCAGUGAGACAGGCCUGUCGCUGGAGGCUAAAGGCGUGCCCAGCAGUGAGGAGGAGAGAAUGAAGGAGGGAUGGCAGAGAUAUUACUUUGAUGCCAUUAAACAGACAUUCGGUUACGGAGCUCGGAUCUGUUGAGCCCUAGUGUUCUCGUUUAUUUUUAAAAGCACAAUGACGCUUUGAUGACCAGCGUGAAAACAUCUUGAACAUAUACUUAUUGUAUAAUAAGUAAGGACUUAAACACUCUCUGUGUGGUGCUGUUAUAGUAAAAUAAUCAGAGAUGAAGUGGAGUCACUGUUACCGACCCAAAAUGAAUUAUGUUCCCAUA